UAGCGCCCGUGACUCGGCCGAGGCUCUGUCAAAUGAAAGCUUCCCUCUACGUUCUGUGCCAUUGUGAUCUUUAGAUCUUCUCUCCAGCGCCUAAAACAAUCCCCGGUUCGCCGUGUCAACACACCGAAUUAAAUUCCCUGCCGUUCGUGAUUCGAAGAUAUCGUUGUGUCUCGCUCCGUUAUUGAGUCGACUCGCAGUUGCUAGAUGGUUCAGUUAAUGAAUUCCGGGAUGGAAUCGGACACCAAGUGCCGGAAAAAGCUGAGGGUGAAGCUGGAGGUUGAUGACUCGUUAGAAGAUCAACUCGGCCCGCUUAACAAGCGAUCCAAAACCGACUCGUAUCCACAGUGGAAUUCAGGACCUGGCGCCUUGGCUAUCCCUCCCUCAAUGUACAAUCCCCUGGAUGAGCCAAGCCCACUUGGCUUGCGUCUCCGAAAGAGCCCGUCCCUUUUGGAUUUGAUUCAAAUGAAGCUCUCUCAACAGAACGCUUCGAAGUUGGCCAACGUAGACAAAAAGGAUCACAAGGGUACUAAUGAUAAGCUCAAGGCUUCAAAUUUUCCAGGCGCCAUUCUGAAAAUUGGAACGUGGGAGUAUAAGUCGAGGUAUGAGGGAGACUUGGUGGCAAAAUGUUACUUUGCAAAACAUAAGCUUGUGUGGGAAGUUCUUGAUGGUGGUCUUAAGAAUAAAAUUGAAAUUCAGUGGUCAGAUAUUGUGGCAAUCAAAGCAAACUACCCGGAUGAUGAACCAGGAACUUUGGAUGUUGUGCUGGCCAGACGGCCCCUUUUCUUUAGGGAGACAAACCCACAGCCUAGGAAGCAUACCUUAUGGCAGGCAACAUCAGAUUUUACAGGUGGACAAGCUAGCAUACAUAGGCGACAUUUUCUGAAUUGCCCACCAGGCACACUGGGCAAGCACUUUGAAAAGCUAAUUCAAUGUGAUCCUCGACUAAACUUUCUAAGUCAACAACAUGAAAUUGUGUUAGACUGCCCAUUUUUCGAACCGGGAGUAGCUGUGUUUGAGGAUCUAAAUGAAUCCAGCUGUGCAUUUGAUUUAAAUGGUGAAGCGAGACCUGCUUUCCUCGGUUUGGGGGAUGUGGCAUCACCUUCUCAGGCUCAAUCAUCAUCAGCAAAAAAUGAACAAGAUUACAUUGGUAGAACUCUCGAAAAUUUUUCCCAGGAAACUUCUUCUCCCAGCUCAGUGAUGGACACUAAUGCAAUUGAAGAAAUAAGGAGCAUUGAAGGCCAGAGUUCGAAGUUGCUCAGUCAUUUGGAUCAAAUCAAAGUGCCUGGACUUCAUCCAUCAAUGUCUAUGAGUGAUAUAGUGAGCCAUAUUGGAAACUGUAUUGCAGAACAGAUGACAUCUGAAAAUCCCAUCUUUUCUGACAUGAAACAACAUGGAAGAGACAUUCUGGAGGAGAUUACACAGUACUUGUUUAGCGACUCUCAAUUAACAUCGGCUUCUGAUGAGCAGUCACUCAUGUCAAGGGUCAAUUCUCUCUGCUGCCUUCUGCAGAAAGACCCUUCACCUGCACAAAAACUGCAGGCUGAACGUGAUGAUGAUGAUGAUGGAAAUGCUGAUCAGAAAAUAGGUGUGGCUGUUGCUGCGGCAGCAAAUGAAAGUAAGCAUGCAGAUGAAUCUCCUGCACCUUGGGGCGAAUCCAUUGGUGUUUCUGGCUGCAAACAGCCGCAGGCCAUGUCGAGGAAGGACUCAUUUGCGGAUCUUCUUCUUAAUCUUCCAAGGAUAGCAUCUCUCCCACAGUUUUUGUUUAGCUUGCCUGAAGAUUCUGACAAUCAAGCUAGAUAGUGAUCCUCGUCUAAUCUUCUUAUAAGAAGCAUGAAACUUAAGUUUAUUCCGGCCCCUGUGAAUAUUGUACCUAUAGUUCGCUGAAACUUAUAAAGGUUAGGCAAGGAAUUUACGUUGAUGGAAGAUCCUGACAUGUUCAUAUUGCCAGUGGUCAGUAAUACCACCGAUCUGUAUUAUCUCGUA